UGCAAUUUUACGUAAUACAUAUAAAAUUGAUCAAGACAAUAGAAGGCUAAGGCGUCGACUUGCUAAGCAUGCGCAUGAAGGUGCAUCUUGUAACAAGGAGAGCUUCAUAAUUAGCCAGUUUUGUUUGCAUGGAGAGAGGGAGAAGGAGAAAUACAGCUGCUUAUUAUAAAAGAGACUAUGAACGUGUGGCCGUCGGUCAUGCACUCUCCCACACACCACUUCCUUCCUUUUGUCAGAAUCCCUGCAGCUUUUUAAAACCGCCACAUAAACUCACGAGUUCGACAACCAGAAAAUCAAAGAAAGAAAAGAAAAAAAAAUAUGGAGAGAAGAGAAAAUGAGGGAGUAAUAUCAGCAGAAAAAUUAGAGUCAGCAGCUUAUACGGCUCCUUCAACAAUCACCAUUAAAGGAAUUCUUGGGCUUUUAAUGGAGAAUAUUGACGAGAGUAAUGAAAAGAGAGUAAUUUCUCUCGGAAUGGGUGACCCAACUGCUUAUUCUUGCUUUAGAACUGCCCAUGUCGCUCAAGACUCUGUUCUUGAUUCUCUCCAUUCUCAAAAGUUCAAUGGUUAUGCCCCAACUGUUGGUCUUCCUCAAACAAGAAGGGCUGUUGCUGAGUAUUUGUCUCGUGAUCUUCCAUACAAGUUAACAUCUGAUGAUGUUUUCAUCACAUCUGGUUGCACACAAGCUAUUGAUGUUGCAUUGGCAAUGCUUGCACGCCCUGGCGCAAACAUCCUGCUUCCAAGACCGGGCUUUCCAAUUUAUGAACUUUGCGCUUCUUUCAGACAUAUCGAAGUUCGCCACUUUGAUCUCCUCCCUGAAAAUGGCUGGGAAGUUGAUCUUGAUGCAGUUGAAGCACUUGCAGAUCACAAUACGGUUGCUUUGGUUAUUAUAAAUCCCGGUAAUCCGUGUGGGAAUGUAUGCAGUUAUCAGCAUUUGGAGAAGAUUGCAGAGACUGCAAGAAAGCUAAACAUUCCUGUCAUUGCUGAUGAAGUUUAUGGGCACCUAGCUUUCGGACGCAAUCUAUUUGUACCCAUGGGUGUCUUUGGAGAAACUGUUCCUGUUCUUACUCUUGGGUCCUUAUCAAAGAGAUGGAUAGUACCUGGAUGGCGACUUGGUUGGUUCGUGACAAGUGAUCCAUGUGGCAUGUUUAGAGAACCCAAGAUAAUUGAACGCAUCAAGAAAUAUUUUGACAUCUUGGGUGGCCCAGCAACCUUCAUUCAGGCAGCGGUUCCUCGCAUCCUAGAGCAAACAGAGGAGGUUUACUUCAAAAGAACCAAUUACUUACUGAAGCAGAACUCAGAUAUUUGUUGUGAUAGAAUAAUGGAAAUUCCAUGCAUUACCUGUCCACACAGGCCUGAGGGAUCUAUGGCUGUAAUGGUGAAAUUGAACCUCUCAUUACUGGAAGAUAUUAGUGACGACAUUGAUUUCUGUUUCAAACUUGCCAAAGAAGAAUCUGUGAUCUUUCUUCCAGGGACAGCAGUGGGGCUCAAGAACUGGCUUAGAAUUACUUUUGCUGUAGAUCCAUCUGCCCUUGAAGAGGCAUUAAGGAGGACAAAGUCUUUCUAUCAAAGGCAUGCUAAACUUGUGUAAUCGUUACGAUAUCAUCGGUGGUCGAAGACCGUCUUCGGAUCAUCUAGACGACGGUGUUGCUUAAAUAUUUCUGAUAAAUUUAAUGUUCUUCCGGUCACGUGUUACAAUUUGUCAGUACAUAUACAAAGCUAUAAACAGAUAUGACCUUACUUGUUAUAAGACUGAGUUACAAAAGUAAUACAAAACUCACUGGGUUAGAUUCUGCGCAAAUUUAUACUCAAAAUCAUAUUACUUCAAAAAGUAUGUGUAUAUAUUUGAAUACUUAUAUGGCUUCAAAGUUAAUCUGUAUU